UUAGUCUUGUGUAUCGUUUGAAUUUUUGGUCAUGUCGUUUCCUCCAAAGUUCCGAAACUAUUUAUUAGCUCAAAAAGGUCAGCCUGUUUCAGUAGAACAACUGGAACAAGUUGCCGACCAACGUAAGUCCUAUUUCCAAAGACAACAAUCACCAGCUUCCAGUAGUAGUACUGCUUGGAGUGAACAAAAAGAAACUGAGAUAGUAGACUAUUUAUUGCCACUAUUGUCUAUAAUUGCUGCCUUUUCGGAAAGUCAACUGGACGAGCGUUUGGAACGCCCUUUGGUUGCAUUGUUGCGUUGCUACGAAGAGUUUUUACAUAGUGGAAAAAAAGAUUGGUUGCAAUCAAGAGAGGAAGCUUUCCAGCAUUGGAUUGCGGACAAGUUGGGUUGGGUUUGUGAUAGUCAACAAGCGCAGAAUUUCUUAUCUCUAUUGGACUCGCUAGCAAGUGAUACCAAAACCUUGCUGAUUUUUCGACGAGGAGAAGAAAAAUGUCUAUCGAGACAAUUAGAACGCUGUUUUCAUCGAGCUUGCCAAAGACGACGAUGGGAAAACUAUGUCAAGUCAUCAAAUAAUGAAUUUCUUCAAUUGGAUCAACCAAAAAUACCGGUUGCGACAGACGAAUGGUUGAGUUGUUAUCCGGAGUGGAACAGCGAAUUUGAGCAGGAAAUAUUGCAAAAAUUGGAAAAGAUACGAAAGCAAGUCAACAAGGAAGAAAAUGUGUCCCCUAUACAAGAGAUUUAUGACAGAUGUAGAGAAUGUUUUCGACAAAUGUAUUCUUUAAACGAGCAACAACAACAAAAGAAUGUAUCAUUAGAAGAAGAAGAACAAAAGGUUUUAGAUGACUGUAUGCAAUCUAUUUUUGGUGUCCUUACGACAUCUCAAUCUUCAGAACAACUGCAGGAACAACUUUUUGAUCUGGUUGGAGAUUUUGAAUUGGUUUCGGAACUUUUACAGCGUCGAGAAGAGUUGAUUCGUGUUUAUUAUCCUAAAGAAGAAGAUGAAUAUAUACAAAGUGCUUCUUCUUUGGCUGAAAGUUCGAAUGCGACAAAUGCUUCUUCCAUUCGUACUCAGUCUAUGUUAUCUGAACAGUUGGAAGCUUUAUCUCUUCAAGGCGAGAAUGGCUACUAUGCAAAUGAACCAUUCCUAAAAAUGAGUUUGCCAAAAGGAAGUACGCGUCAAAGCUAUGUAGGUUAUGAAGAAUAUUGGAUACCACCAACAAAUAAUAGAAUACCGGAUGAAAACCAUCUUUUGAGAAUAUCACAAGAAGUAGAUUCCUGUUUUCUUCCAGUUUUCAAAGAUAUUACCUUUUUGAAUCCUAUUCAAUCCAAGGUUUUUCAUACUGCUUAUCAUACCAAUGAGAACCUUUUGAUUUGUGCUCCAACGGGGGCAGGUAAAACCAACGUUGCUUUAUUAACUGUUCUUCAUGUAUUGAAAGAUAAAUUAAUUCAUCAUCAAGUAACUGAUGGACCUCGAAUCGUCUAUAUAGCCCCCAUGAAAGCUUUGGCUUCUGAAGUUACCGAGAAUUUUAGGCGACGUUUAAAGUGUUUGGAAGUUGUUGUAGAAGAAAUGACUGGAGAUAUGCAACUGAGUUAUCAAGAAGCGAAAAAGACGGACAUGAUUGUUACUACUCCUGAGAAAUGGGAUAUUGUUACUCGCAAAGGUACCGAUAGUUCAGAUGAUUCAAGUCUCCAUGCAAAUUUACAACUUUUGAUUAUCGAUGAAAUUCACUUGUUACAUGAACUUCGUGGGGUUAUUUUAGAAGCAGUCAUUGCAAGAACCUUGAAAAUGGUGGAGAGAAAUCAAAGAAUGAUAAGACUCGUUGGUUUAUCUGCAACAUUACCCAACUAUGAAGAUAUUGCUGAAUUUUUAAGGGUGAAUAGAGACCAAGGUCUUUAUUAUUUUGAUGCAUCUUAUAGACCUGUUCCUUUAUCUUUAACAUUUAUUGGUUUGAGUUCUCGUCUACCCGAAGAGGAAGGAGAACUACAACAACAACAACUGGAAAAGGAAAGUUUGACCAGUCUUGUGAACGAAAAGAUGCCAAAAAAGAAGACCGAUGCUAUACAAUUGCGUCAAGAAUGGAUGAAUAAGCUUUGUUUUGAACAAUUACAAAAAUUUCUACAACGUCAACAACAAGUCCUGGUAUUUGUUCAUUCCCGACAUGAUACGUCAAGGACAGCAAGAGCUUUUCUUCAGUAUAUCAACAAACAUGGUCUUUCUCAUUUAUUAGGUGAUACAGAUGAGGAGUCCACCAACCCAAUAAAAGUGGGACAGUUCAAGUCUUCCGAUUUGCGAGAGUUUGUUUCGUCAAACGUUGCCAUCCAUCAUGCUGGAUUGUUGCGUUCUGAUCGUUCCUAUGUUGAAGAACUGUUUCGACAGGGCUUAUUAAGAGUUGUCAUAUGUACUGCAACUUUAGCAUGGGGAGUCAAUCUUCCAGCACAUGCCGUAAUCAUUAAAGGAACACAAAUCUAUGAUGCUUCUCGUGGUGGUUUUACUGAAUUGGGUUUGUUGGAUGUUAUGCAAAUAUUUGGACGAGCAGGCAGACCUCAGUUUGAUACGGAAGGAGAGGCGGUAAUGAUUACCACACAUCAGCAAUUACCCUUUUAUUUAAGAUUGCUUACUAGCCAGUUGCCCAUUGAAAGCCAAUUAUGUCAUUUGAGUUGUUUAGCAGACCAUUUGAAUGCAGAGAUUGUACUUGGAAACAUUUCCAAUGUGAUGCAGGGAGUGGAGUGGUUAGAGUACACCUAUCUUGCAACUCGAAUGCGUAAGAACCCCUUAGCUUAUGGAAUCUCAUGGCAAGAAUUGUUGUAUGAUCCCAGUUUGAUGACCAAAAAGCGUGAAAUGAUCAUCGCAAGUGCCAAAAUAUUAGAUGAAGCCAGAAUGAUUCGUUUUGACUCCUUAAAUGAGGUCUUUUACAGUACCGAACUGGGAAGGAUUGCUUCCCACUUUUAUGUUUGUAAUGGAACGGUUCAUAAAUGGAACGAAAUGUUGAGAGCAGAUUUUACAGACUCGGAAGUCAUUCGAGCUUUGAGUAUGGCUGAUGAAAUGGAGACUAUAAAAUUUCGAGAUGAUGAAUUACCAGAGUUGCUAGAAUUAUCUAAAAAGUGUCCUAUUCGUAUUCUUGGUGCAUUGGAAAACUCCAAAGUGGUGAUACUUUUACAAAGUUAUAUUUCGAGGUUACCCAUUCACACAUCAGCUUUGAUAUCCGAUACUCAAUUUAUUGUACAAAACGCCGGUCGAUUGGCACAAGCUUUAUUUGAAAUAGUUUUAGGAAGAGCAUGGCCAAGUCUUUCUUAUACAAUAUUGCAAUUGUGUCGUUCAUUACAACGUAGGAUAUGGCCAUUUCAACAUCCACUUCGUCAACUGGCUGGAGAUGGAGAACGCAAGAAACAUUCUUCCAACAAACAUCCUCACAUAUCUGCUGAAAUUUGUUACAAGUUGGAACAAUUAGGUCCUAGUGGAGAAUUUUCUCACUUAACGGAACUUGGUGUCGAUGAGUUAUCUAGUGCACUUCGAGCACCUCAAGCAGCUAAAAAUGUCAUGCGUUGUAUAUCUUUGGUACCACAACUUUAUUUAGAAGCAGAAGCAUUUCCAUUGACAUCCACUGUCAUUCAAAUACAAUUAUCCUGGAAACCACAUUUUUAUUGGAACGAUCAUUUACAUGGUAUAUUAGAAAGUCAAGAAAGACAUCCAGAAAGUUGGUGGUUGUGGGUAGAAGAUACGGAAACUGAACAAAUUUAUCAUUCGGAACAAAUUUCAGUAACCAAACGAUUAGCGCAAGAGUAUUGGAAGCAUCCAGAUAAGGAACCACAAACCAGGAAUUUUUCCAUUGCUGUUUAUGAACCGAUUUCUCCGCAAUAUGUGAUACGUGCAUGUUCUGCCCAUUGGCACAGCGCAGAUACUGUCGUUGCUAUUUCCUUUUAUGGAAUGCAGUUGCCUCGACAUGAAACUGUGUAUACGAAUUUGCUGGAUUUACAACCUUUGCAUCGCUCCUGUUUGUUUUUGGGUAGUCAUUUGGAACAAGUUUUGUAUCCCAAUAUUCGUUAUUUUAAUCCAUUGCAAACUCAAGUAUUUCAUGUUGCUUAUCACACGGAUGAAAAUAUAUUGUUUGCUGCCCCAACUGGUUCAGGUAAAACUGCUAUUGCGGAGUUUGCUAUGUUACGUUGUAUGAGGACUACAAAAGAACGAGGAAUCAUGGGACUUCCUGGUCUUAUCGUGUACAUUGCACCUUUGAAAGCUUUGGUACGAGAAAGAGCGCAGGAUUGGAGAAAACGUUUCGGUGAUCCCAGUUUAGGUAAAGUUAUUGUCGAGUUGACUGGAGAUGAUUCUCCUGCUAAUAUUUCAACGACAUUGAAAUAUGCGGAUAUCAUUUGUACUACACCUGAAAAGUGGGAUUCCAUAUCUCGAAGUUGGAGGAGAAGGAAACAAGUACUUGAAGUGACAUUGUAUAUAUUGGAUGAAGUGCAUUUAUUGGGAUCUGAGAGGGGUCCCGUAUUGGAAAUGAUAGUGUCACGUGCGAAGAGAUUGGCACUGAAGCACAACAUUCCUGUGAGAUGGAUUGCUUUAUCCACAGCAUUGGCUAAUCCUGUUGACCUGGCUAGUUGGCUUGGAGUAGAAGACGUAGGAAUGUUCAAUUUUCGUCCGAGUGUUCGUCCUGUACCUUGUGAAGUACAUAUUAUGGGUGUUGCAGGUAAAAAUUAUAGUCCACGAAUGACUGCCAUGAACAAACCAGCAUAUCAAGCCAUUAGACAAUAUUCACCUCACAAGCCUGUUCUUAUCUUUGUAUCUUCUCGAAGACAAACGAGAAGGACAGCUUUAGAAAUGAUCCGAUGUGCAGCAUCUGAUGGAAAUCCUCAUUUCUUUCUCAAAUCAGAUAUCUCUAAAGAAUUUGCCUCCAUUGAAGACUCCAGUUUGAAGAGUACUUUGGAAUAUGGAGUAGGUAUUCAUCAUGGAGGCUUAUUAGAAAAUGACCGCAUAGUAGUUGAACAGCUUUUUGCUUCCGGUAAAAUUCAUUUGUUGGUUAGUACUGCAACUUUGGCUUGGGGUGUCAAUCUUCCUGCACAUUUGGUUAUUAUCAAAGGAACUGAAUAUUAUGAUGCGAAAUCGAAAACUUAUGUAGAUAUGCCAAUCACAGAUAUUCUUCAAAUGAUGGGUCGUGCUGGUCGUCCACAAUACGAUGAAAAAUGUUUUGCUUUUAUUUUAGUUCAUGAACCGAAGAAAAACUUUUAUAAGAAAUUUUUAUACGAGCCAUUUCCCGUGGAGUCCAAUUUAUUGAAACAAUUGGAAGAUCCUAUCAAUGCUGAAGUAGCUGGUGGUUGGAUUCGAACAGCACAAGACGCUGUGGAUUUUCUUACUUGGAGUUUCUUUUUUCGGCGAUUAUUGUGCAAUCCUGCUUAUUAUCAUUUGCAAAACGUAACUGCGAAAGAUAUAUCGGAAUAUGCAUCUCGUCUAGUACAAAAUAUUUUACAACGACUUGAAAAGGCAAACUGUAUUACUGUCUUUUCAUCAGAAGAAGAAACGGGUCAAGUGGAUAACGAUGUAUCACAAUCACCCAAACGUUGGUUGGAACCACAAGUGGAAAGACAACAUCAACAAAUUGUGAAUGCUUUACAAUCCAGUCGUACCGUCAAUCUCUCGCCGAUUGUUGCAUCCACAUUUUUUGGAAAGGUUGCAACUUUUUAUUACUUGUCUUAUAAAAGUGUUGGAUGGUUGGCCAAAGUAUGGACCCAAGGAGCCACCUUUAUGACCGUUCUUAUAUGGUUAACAAGUUGUGAAGAAUUUUCCGAUAUUCCUGUGAGACACAAUGAAGAUAACAUCAAUGCCGCAUUGUUACAAGAAAUUCAACAACAAAUUUCUUUUUUAGCAUCCAAUCAUAACGUUAUAGCUUCUGCUUCUUUAUAUCAAGAAACUGUGUCUACAUUGGAAAGAAUUCAUCAAACGGGUGAUAUGGAAGAUCCUCAUUGUAAAGCGCUGUUAUUAUUUUGUGCUCAUUUGAGUCGUUGUUCUUUUUCGGUUGUUGAUUAUCAUACCGAUCUAUUGACCGCAUUGGAACAAGCUGGACGAGUUUUACAAGCAAUGAUUGAUAUUGCUAUACAACGCGAUGACAUUGCCACUGCUAUUACUUGUAUUCAUUUGAGUCAAUGUUUAUCUCAAGGUUGUUGGCCUUGGGAGUUUACAUUUUUAAGAGUGAUUAAAACACAUUUACCUGAAUGCGAACAGUGGUUGGUACAACAGUGUGGGAUAAAGGAAACAGGUCAGGACUUUUAUAUGCAUUGGAAAGAUAGAAAAGCUUCUUGGUUACAGUCAUUGGAAGAAAAACAACGACAUACAUUACAAAGAUUAUACUCCACUGUACCCGUUGUACAAAUGCAAGCGCUAUGGGACUUUGGUAACCAUAACAUUUUAGUGAAAUGGAAUGAUAAAAAGCAACCUCGUGGUCUUUGGAUAUAUCAAAAAAGGAGAGCUAAUCAAGAAACUUGGUAUUUAAUACUGAUAGACACAACUAGUGGCGGAAUAGGUGCAUUUCGAAGAAUUCGAUCAUCCAAAAAAAAUAUAAAUAAGAUGCUAUACCCAGAGAAUGAUUUGAAUGGAGAGUCCUCAGCUCUUCUUUUACUGUCAGCAAAUUAUCGAGGAGUCGAUCAAAUGUGGCGUUGGGUGGACAACAAGUCUCAAUUUCUUUCCAGUUAUCAAGUUGCAUGGAAUGAAUAAAACUUGGUUACCACUUUAUUGC